AUUGGACAGAGUUUUGACGACACGUAGAUUUAGGAGUGUCUUGUAGAAAGAGAAAAUUCAAAAUAGUCAGAGAAAGAAAUUAGGGAUACAAAUCCAACAAAAGGGAUCGUUCUCAAUUACAGAUCAGAGCUCCGUCGAUCUUCAGAAUUAGACUCUGCAAUGGCGGACGCACCCGUUACCCAGCCUUCGACGUCAUCUUCCGAUCAAUCUUCUACUCAAGAUCCCCUCGAUAAGGUUCCAGCGUUCGGUGGCUUAAAGUCACCAGAUGGAAAUAACCCUAUGUUCCCGAUUAUGUAUCCUGCUCUUGGUUUUGGGCUCUUCCCCCCUCAACAGGACCAAGAACAGAUCAAUCGUGGGCCUGGUCUCUAUGCAGUUCAGGUUCUUCCAAAAAUGCAACAUAUGGCUGGUUUUCCUUCCAGCACUCUUAUCCCUUUUACCUACAACUUACCUACCGAACGUAGUACUCCCGAGACAAGACAGGUUGAGGGUGAGCAAGGACAACAGGGGGAUCAACCACAACAGCAACAACAACAAGCUGGACCUCAGAGACAAGUUUUUGUUCGGAGAUUUGAGAUUGCUAUUCACCUUGAUUUACCUCUCAUCUUAAAGCUGAUAGCAGUUAUUUUCUUGUUCAACCAAGAAGGGUCUGGACAAAGAUUUAUUCUCCUCGGGUUUUUAGCUUUUCUAGUUUACUUAUACCAAACUGGAGCUCUUGCGCCCGUGAUUAGAUGGCUUUCACAAGGAAUGCGAAGAGCAGCUGCACCUCCUCAACCGCCCAGGCCUGCUCCUGUCAGGGCUGACAAUUUAGCUGCCAUUGGAGAACAAGGAAAUGAAAACGUUGGCAUAGCAGAGGGGCAAGAGAAUGGGGAGAACGAGCAAGAGAAUAGGGCUAUCGAGAACGAGCAUGCAAAUGUAGCGGAGCCUGAAGUUGGCAACAACCGCUUGUGGGUAAUUGUAAAGGAGAUACAAAUGAUUGUCUUUGGUUUCAUUACGUCACUUCUUCCGGGCUUUCACAACAUAGAUUAGCUGUAAAUAGCAACCGUAAAAAGGAUAUUAUUGGUCAUUGAACCAAAACAAGGUUUAAGCAUGACGAAGUUUGUUUGUGGCCUUGAUUGUAAUAAUAUAUGAUUUUGUUUGCUAUAUUUUCAGACAAUUCUUUUAUUUUUAUUUUUAAUGUAAUGUAAUUUACUA